UCAGUCUUGUUUUUUGUGUCGUUCAGUCAACAACGUUUUCGGAAGAUUUACGGUCGUUUUAGAAAACGCGUUUAAUUGUAUGAAUAGAAAUCUAACUAUAAGAAUUUAUUAUCGGAUAUAUAAACAAAAAAAUCAAAUUAUUAUAUUAAUUUCAUUAAAAAAUAGUGUAAAGUGUGAAUAGAUAUUAAAAUAAUACAAAAUUAAAGCCUUAAAAAAAAACUAAAACAAAAUGCCGCAGCAUUCUUAAUUAAAACAAACGAAAAUCUAGACAAAACAAAAUAAGAGAAAAUCACAUUACAGCAAUUUAAGUGAAAAGAAAAGCAACAAAAUAGAUUUUUAGCUUAAAUAACAACUAAAAAGAUAAAAGAACUAAAGAAAUCGUUUAAAAAAUGUAUUUAAAGAAUUCUACUUAAAUAGAAACGAAACAUAUUUUUCAUUUUAAAAUUGACAAGUUACAAGUAAAAAACCAACAAAUUGGCUGGCUUAGAAGGCCUACAAUUUAGUAAGCCAUGGCUUACGACGACAAUAAGUCAUAUCUAUCAACAAUAAAAACAUUCUCAUCAACGACAGCAACAAUUGCCACAAAUAUUUUGGCUUUAAGACUUUUAAAUUGCCAUAAACUGUCAACUUUACAAAAGUCAAAGAGCAAUAAUAACAACGAUCAGAAACGAGCAAAUGAAAAGCAGGUGGCGGAGGAGGAGGAGGAGAAAAAGGAGGUCAUUAGCAAUUUUAAAAUACAUAAAAAUACAAUAAAAUCUCAAAAUGUGACAAAAUGUACACAUUUAAUUGCAACAACUAAUAAAAAGUAUUUGCCGCAACAAAAAAUUUCCACCAUAUUAAAACCAUUAACAACAGCAAAAACAACAACAACAUUGUCAUCAUGUAAUGAAACAAAUUUAUCUUGUUUUUGCGUUUCCAAUAACAGCAAUUCCAACACAUCCACAUCAUCAACUGCCAACACCUCCACCAUAUCUGCCAAUAACAAAAAACACCUUAGUUCCCUCAUCAAACCAACAACAAUUACAACCACAUCAUGUACACCAAAAAUAAGACCAACAACAGUAGCAGCAGCAGCAGCCGCAGCAACAGCUUCAACAACAACACAAAUUUCUAUUACAACUUGGAGCAACACCUUUAACUGCACAUCGUUACGUUUCAUUAUCUUAGUUUUAUAUUUAAUUUUAACGAGCUGUGUUGGCGUUAGUUUGCAAUUAAAAAAUGUACAUACAAGUUUAACAUCUGUAUCGUCAUCAUUAUCAUCGUCGUCUUCCACCUUCUAUAAUACACCAGCCACCCUACUCUUUACCACAUAUCAUGACAUACAGGUGGCAAAUAUAACAAAACCCACCGGUGGACCACAAAUAGAUGUUCUUGUCAAAGAUCUCACCGAAACAAUGGCCAUUGAUUUUUACUAUGCAAAAAAUUUAAUCUGUUGGACCGAUUGUGGUCGUGAAAUAAUCGAGUGUGUUAAUGUAAAUACCACAGGGUCGAUAUUGAAGGCACCCAAACAAACUGUGAUAUCAACUGGUUUAGAUAAACCGGAAGGUUUGGCCAUUGAUUGGUAUACGGAUAAAAUCUAUUGGACGGAUGGUGAAAAGAAUCGCAUAGAGGUGGCAACGCUAAAUGGUAAAUACCAGAAAGUAUUAUUUUGGACAGAUCUCGAUCAGCCAAGAGCCAUAGCUCUAGUACCUGCUAAGAAAUUUUUGAUAUGGACAGACUGGGGUGAAUAUCCGAAAAUAGAGAGGGCCAGCAUGGAUGGUGAUCCCCUAACACGCAUGACUUUGGUUAAAGAUAAUAUAUUUUGGCCAAAUGGUUUGACGGUGGAUUUAAAGAAUGAUUUGAUCUACUGGGCUGAUGGCCAUUUGAAAUUUAUAGAUGUUAUGAAACUAGAUGGCAGUAAUCGUAGGAAUAUUGUUAACAAUCUAAAAUAUCCCUAUAGUUUGACCUACUUCGAUAGUCGUCUUUAUUGGACAGACUGGGCUCAGGGUUCGCUAAAUGUGUACGAUUUAAAAUCUAAGGAAAUGAAAGAGUUAAUAGAUACCCCAGAAGCUCCCAAUUCCGUGCGCACUUGGGAUCCCUCUCUCCAGCCCUAUGAAGAUAAUCCUUGUGCCCAUAAUAACGGCAACUGUAGUCAUCUUUGCUUGCUUAGCACUAAUGCUCAAGGUUAUAGUUGUGUUUGUCCUACUGGCGUUAAGCUGAUAUCGGAGAAUACUUGUGCCAAUGGUUCCCAGGAAAUGCUGUUUAUAGUUCAACGAGGCCAGAUCAGUAAAAUUUCCUUAGAUUCACCGGAUUUCACCAUAUUUCCUCUGCCUUUGGGAAAGGUAAAAUACGCCAUAGCUAUUGAUUAUGAUCCAGUGGAUGAGUAUAUCUAUUGGUCAGAUGUGGAAGCUUAUUCUAUUAAAAGGGCUCAUCCGGAUGGUACCGGGGUAUCAGAUUUUGUUACUUCCGAGGUAAGACAUGCUGAUGGCUUGGCAGUAGAUUGGUUAGCUAGAAAUCUUUAUUGGACUGACACUGUUACGGAUCGUAUCGAGGUAUGUCGUUUAGAUGGUUCGGCUCGUAAAGUUUUGGUUUAUGAACACUUGGAAGAACCUAGAGCAAUUGCUUUGGCACCUACUUUAGGUUGGAUGUUUUGGAGUGAUUGGAAUGAAAAGAAACCGAAAGUAGAGCGAGCCUCUUUAGAUGGCUCCGAACGAGUGGUUUUGGUGUCAGAAGAUUUGGCCUGGCCUAAUGGUAUUGCUUUAGAUAUAGAAGCUAAAACUAUUUACUGGUGUGAUGGCAAGACAGAUAAAAUAGAAGUGGCCAAUAUGGAUGGCUCCGAUAGACGUGUGGUUAUAAGUGAUAAUCUUAAACAUUUGUUCGGCUUGAGUCUGUUGGAUGAUUAUUUGUAUUGGACCGAUUGGCAGAGAAGAUCCAUAGAUAGAGCACACAAGAUUACGGGUAAUAAUCGUAUAGUGGUGGUGGAUCAAUAUCCUGAUUUAAUGGGUUUAAAGGUGACACGUUUAAGAGAGGUUAAAGGCACCAAUGCUUGUGCCGUACGCAAUGGCGGCUGUUCUCAUUUGUGUUUAAAUCGUCCUAGUGAUUAUGUCUGUCGCUGUUCCAUAGAAUAUGAAUUGGCCAACGAUAAGAAAACUUGUGUUAUACCCGAGGCUUAUUUGCUGUUUUCCAAACAGGAAUAUAUUGGACGCAUUUCCAUUGAAAAUAAUGAGGGUAAUCAUAAUGAUGAGAAAAUACCAUUUAAGGAUGUUCGCUAUGCCCAUUCCCUUGAUGUAGAUGUAGCCGACAAACGUAUCUAUUGGACGGAUCAAAAAUCGAAAUGUAUUUAUCGAGCUUCAUUGAAUGGCUCCUAUGUUCAGCGUAUAGUGGAUGCUGGUAUUAUAAGACCCGAGGGUAUAGCGGUAGAUUGGUUGGGUCACAAUAUUUACUGGACCGAUUCGGAAGCUAGGCGCAUAGAAGUGGCUCGCUUGGAUGGCAGCAGUCGUAGGGUUUUAUUAUGGAAAGGUGUCGAAGAACCUAGAUCGUUGGUAUUGGAGCCACGCAAAGGUUAUAUGUAUUGGACCGAAUCGCCCUCUGAUUCUAUAAGAAGAGCAGCCAUGGAUGGCUCGGAAUUACAAACUAUUAUUUCUAGUGCCAAUCAUGCUACCGGUUUGACUUUGGAUCCAGAGACUAGACGCCUUUAUUGGGCUACUCAGUCCAGACCCACUAAAAUUGAGUCAGCCGAUUGGGAUGGCAAAAAAAGACAAGUUCUAGUGAGCACAGAUGUAGAUGAACCCUAUGCUGUUUCUCUGUAUCAAGACUAUGUUUAUUGGAGUGAUUGGAAUACGGGAGAUAUUGAAAGAGUACAUAAGAUUACCGGACAAAAUCGCAGUUUAGUGCAUAGCGGCAUGACUUAUAUCAGUUCCUUGGUGGUAUUUUAUAAUCAAAGACAAGUAGGCACUAAUCCUUGUAAACUGAACAAUGGUGGUUGUUCUCAUUUGUGUUUGGCUUUACCUAGUCGUCGUGGCAUGACUUGUGCCUGUCCUACUCAUUACACCUUGGCCAAAGAUAAUGUUUCCUGCAUACCUCCCAAGAAUUAUAUCAUAUUUAGUCAAAGAAAUAGUUUUGGACGUCUAAUGCCUAAUACUACAGAUUGUCCCAAUGUGCCAUUACCAGUGACUGGAAAAAAUAUUCGAGCGGUGGAAUAUGAUCCCAUAACACAUUUUGUUUAUUGGGUGGAGGGCCGCAGUCAUAGCAUUAAAAGAGCAUUAGUUAAUGGCACUAGAGCUUCGGUUUUGGUAGGCUCUGGUUCUCAACCAUUCGAUAUAGCCAUAGAUGUUAUAGGCCGUUUAUUGUUUUGGACCUGUUCUCAUUCUAAUAGCAUUAAUGUUACCAGUUUUGCUGGCGACUCUAUUGGAGUCAUAGAUACUGGCGACUCGGAGAAACCUCGUAAUAUAGCGGUACACUCUAUGAAACGUUUAUUAUUUUGGACCGAUGUGGGUAGCAAACAAGCCAUCAUACGUUCUCGUGUAGAUGGAGCUGAACGUGUUGUUUUAGCUUUUAAGCUAGAAGGUGUUACCGCCUUGGCAGUGGAUCAACAAAUUGAUAUGAUUUAUUAUGCCCAUGGCAAGCGUAUAGAUUCCAUGGAUAUAAAUGGCAAAAAUAAGAAAAUUUUGGUCUCCACGCAUAUAUCUCAAGUCAUAUCUAUAGCUGCUUUACAAGGUUUUGUUUACUGGCUUGAUGACAAAACCGGGGUGGAGCGCAUCACCAUUAAUGGUGAGGGUAGAAGAGCAGAAAUGCAGCGUAUGCCACAAAUUACCGAUAUAGUGGCGGUUUGGACUCCAGAAUCGAAAUUGUUUAGAAAUCAUACUUGUCUGCAUGCCCGCACCAAGUGCUCCCAUAUUUGCAUAGCAUCAGCUGAGGGCCGUAGUCGUGAAAUAUGUUCUUGUCCUAAAAAUCUAAUGCUUUUGGAAGAUGAACAAAAUUGUGGUGCCUUGCCGGCAUGUGGACCCGAUCACUUCACCUGUGCCGCCCCGGUAGCUGGAGGAGGAGCUAAUAGCGAUAUGAAUAAGGAUUGUAUACCAGCGUCAUGGCGUUGUGACGGGCAAAAUGAUUGUCCUGAUAAAUCCGAUGAAGUGGGUUGUCCCUCAUGCCGUCCCGAUCAAUUUAGCUGUCAAUCGGGUGAAUGUAUUGACAAAGCUCUAGUUUGUGAUGGCACCACCAAUUGUGCCAAUGGACAUGAUGAGGCUGAUUGCUGCAAAAGACCAGGAGAGUUUCAAUGUCCUAUUAAUAAGCUUUGUAUAUCAGCUGCUUUGUUGUGUGAUGGCUGGGAUCAUUGUGCUGAUGGAGCUGAUGAAUCGGCUGACAUUUGCUCUCAGGCCAAUACCCGACGCAUGGCUCCUUCUUCGGAUAAAAAGGCUUUUAUGAUUUUAAUAGUGGCCACAAUGAUUACUAUAUUUUCCAUAGUUUAUUUAUUACAAUUUUGUCGCACGCGUAUAGGUAAAAAUCGUAAUGAACCCAAGGAUGACCAAGCCUCGGAUCCUUUAAGUCCUUCUACAUUAAGUAAAUCGCAAAGAGUAUCAAAAAUUGCCUCUGUUGCCGAUGCAGUGCGCAUGUCUACUUUAAACUCACGCACCAGCAUGAAUUCCUAUGAUCGUAAUCAUAUAACCGGAGCCUCAAGUUCCACCACGAACGGCUCCAGCAUGGUAGCCUAUCCCAUCAAUCCACCACCCUCUCCAGCUACCCGCUCAAGGCGACCUUAUCGUCAUUAUAAAAUUAUUAAUCAACCUCCCCCACCUACACCCUGUUCCACCGAUAUUUGUGAUGAAUCCGAUUCAAACUAUACCAGCAAAUCGAAUAGCAAUAAUAGCAAUGGCAAUACCAAACUAUCCUCUUCCUCAGCCAAUGCCAAUUCCUGUCUACAGUACGGCUAUGAUAGUGAACCCUAUCCACCGCCACCCACACCACGUUCUCACUAUCACAGUGAUGUUAGAAUAUUACCAGAAUCCUCUUGUCCUCCUUCGCCUAGCUCAAGAUCUUCUACCUAUUUUUCACCACUGCCCCCACCACCCUCACCGGUACAAUCACCUAGUCGAGGUUUCACGUAACAGUUUGAAA